AUGGCUUCUUGCAUGGGUCUGUGGUUCGCUGGCCGAGUCUCUCCGCGUCCACGGCUUCCUGCGGCCCAGCCCGCCGCGAGGACUGGGAGACUCGCCCGGCGUUGGCCGUACGUUUUGGCUGGCUGGUUUCUGAAGUCCGCCUUGCUUGCAGGUUCCGUGAAGGCGGAGGACCUGGAGGCGCCUGGAGGACGCGACUGCGGAGCGGACGAGGACGCCGGCCCUGGGGACCAAGGCGCCGUGGAGGGCGAGGACCUGGAGGCCCCCGAGUCUGGAGGGCGGCACUGCGGAGCGGACGGCGACUCUGGAGGCGAAGGCCCCGUCCCGGCGGAGACCCCGCAGCUGGUCAUCAGCGGCACCUUCUCGCUGGCUGGCCCGGCCGGCGGUGCGGGGCAGGUGGAGCAGGCCUCGCGGCGGCAGCGAGGCGGGAAGGCGCGGCUCGCGUCCAAGUGCGGGGAGUGCGGCAAGAGUUUCCGGGCCGAGGCGGACCUGCGGAAGCACCUGGCGGGGCACUCCAAGGCGGGGCGGCACGCGUGCGGAGUGUGCGGCAAGCAGUGGACUUCGGCCAAGGAUCUCAAGAAACACGAAAGGAUUCAUACCGGGGACAGGCCGUACCAGUGUGACGAGUGUGGGAAGAGGUUUAGUCAGGAAAGUGAUCUUACAAGACACAAGAGGAUCCAUACUGGAGAGAAGCCGUAUGAGUGCGACGUGUGUGGGAAGAAGUUUAACCAGAGCGGAGCUCUCACAUUGCACAAAAGGACUCAUACUGGCGAGAAGCCGUAUGAGUGCGACGUGUGCGCAAAGAAGUUUAGCCACCUCGUUACUCUGACUGUGCACAACAGGAUUCAUUCUGGUGCGAAGCCCUUCGAGUGCAAGGUGUGCGCGAAGAAAUUCUCUGAUGCCUCAAAUCUACGCCGCCACAAGGGCAUUCAUGCUGGACAGUAACUCAGGGAGAAGCUGAGCUAGUGUGUCGUUUCUUUUGAAAUGAUAAGGCUUCGGAUUGUGAUGCGUGUAGAAUGUAGUUUCCUCUAAUAUUUCAGUUCAUGCUCGUGAAAGCUGCAAGUUCUUUAUUUUAGUUGAAUUUUGCAAAGUCUGUGUAUUCUUGGUAGAACUGCUGUUAAAUCUUUCUUUCGACUGUUAUUGUAUUCUUUGUAUCGAAUAAAUCAAUGUUCUUCAUCGAAAA